CGUAAAUCAAAGUAAGGAAGGUUCUGUAUCGGAAGUCAUCAUACAGUUUGUAUGCUGACUUCAAAAUAAUUAAACUUCCCUGAAAACUUUAACUGAACAACAGCUGAAAAGUAAGAAUGGGCGUGUUGAAGAUUGUGUUGCUUGUUUUCAUUUUUGGCUUUAUUGUCGCAUUAAACUCGGUCGAGGCAUACGUAUGUUACAGUGACAGUCAAUGUUCUUCGAACUACAAAUGCUGUACCGGAACUGCGUGGUGUUGUCAGAAUGGGUACAUCUGUACCGGCACCGCUACCUGUCUCAGUGUUGGGGUGAUCGUCGGUCCUGUUAUUGUCGUCGUGAUUGCCAUCAUCGGAUGUGUCGUCGGCGCCAUCUAUUGUUUAAGAAGAAAACGGCAGACAGCCGGCGUUGUCUACAUUCAACAAGGUGCUACACCUCAACCAGUAGUGGCACCUAAAUUUUAAUUAAUCAGUCUAGCUACGGACAAUUUCCAGGAUACGGACAACACAAUGUUACGGACAACCACAGAAAAUAGAAGAUUGUAGACAGCCACAGAUUGAAGAUCAGCCAUUUAUCCAUGAGCAUUCACAUUAACUCAUAAACAGAGAGAAGGGGGGGGGGUUAAUAUUGAGGCUUGAACAUUUGCUUUAAUUGAGUUAUAUGAUUUCUUAUUAUCUUUAUAUGUUCUCCUUACUACAAUGUACUUGUACUGCAUUUAACUUUUUAUAUAUUGUUAAAAAAAAUCUGCAAUAUUUUUGAUAAUUGUGAAAUGUACGUUUUUAAAUAUGUUUUAUUUGUUUCUGCUUUCUCAAAUUACAGCAAUAAAGUAAUUUAAAAAGUUUGUACCAGUCAAAACUGUACAUUGUAGCUCAA